CCAAAGCUCAUCGUCCGUUCUAGCUCCCCGCCGUCGCCACCGUCUUCCACGGCACCUGAAGACUACGUUCACAUUGCUCACGACCCCCAAGUUCAGCAGAUGCUGGAUGAUGCCAAUAUUCCGUGGGCGAUCCAGUAUGAACUCGCCCGCGGAGUGAGCAACAAUCAUUGGACCUGGGCGGAAGUUACUCGUGACAAGAUUGGCGUCCUCGCGAAGGGCACCAAUCCUCGGUGUGUCCAGAAUGUGAUGGGAAAACACAUAAUUGGGCUGAAUCGGGACAUCUGGUACGCGACCGACUCUAACAGGGAAGAGUUGUCUCGCGAACAGAAAGCCCUCUUGGAAGGGAAGGGUCAUGGACUGGGCCUCCUGGGCGACUGGGAAGGUGAGAAAAACUGGUACGGAGGACGCGUGCAGCAGCUCGCGCGCAUCGAGAAGGAUGCGCAGCAGCACAAAUAUUACCUCCAACUCGGCGCCAUGCAGAAAGUUGGCCGUUCCCACCGGCUUGCUCGGUUCCUUGGAUCACAUCGCGUGCUUCACGUCAAAAUCCCUAAGGAGGCGCUGUACGAACAGAAGGAGAUGGACGCGCUGAAGGACUUCUUGAGCCACAAGUUUGUCUUGUGCGGGCGCGUGUUCGUGUCCUUCGCCGUUAAAGACCAGAAGAUCUAUCUGGUCGAGACGGACGAAGACUUCGAGCGCACGGCUGAUCGCAAGAAGGGUGACCACCUGCGAUACUCCCUCGAGAAGCUCAUCGAAUGGUACAAUCCGUUGGAUCUUAAUGAUAAGCAGAACUUGAGCAAGUAUGCGGCCCGAUCCGAUCUCGCACUCUCCACAUCCUCCCCAGUUCUUGAGUUCGAUCCAAGAAAUAUCUAUAUGAUAAACGAUAUAGAGGCACCUCACACGGGCGGUAAAGUUCCACCUGAGAAAAUCUUCACUGACGGCUGUGGCUUCAUGAACGGCGCUGCGCUCAUGCGCGUAGGCAAGUGGAUUGGCUCCGGUUCUCCGCCCACCGCCGUACAGGGACGUAUCCUGGGGUCAAAGGGAGUCUGGCUGCUGCAUCCGGAUGACCGUGCGCCAACCGCGGAGCCACGCAUCUGGAUCCGGCCGUCGCAGCGGAAAAUCCGUUUGGUGCGCGAGUACAACGCGGAGUCGCUCGCGACGCUGCAUCGCGCGCACCUCAUCUUCGACCUCGUCAUGCCCUCGCGUUCGACCGUGCCCGCGCGCCUAUCGCGCCUGACGAUCGUCAAUCUCGCGCACAACGGUGUUCCCACGAAGAUCCUCACGGCGCUCAUGGAGGGCGGCCUGAAGGCAGAGGUCGAGGGCCUCACGCAGUGGCAGGGCGCGAGCGCGAUGCCCCUCCUCUGGCACGCCGUCAACAAGGCGUCCGGGACAUCGUUCCAGCGCUUGCGUCGCACGGCCGCCGGCAUACAGCGCGCCCUCGGUCUGACUCGUCGUCACAACGAGGACGAGUCUGACGGCGAGGACGAUGCGGCGCCGUUGCCCUUCGAGGUGGACAAUGGGGAUGCUGUUAUAGAUGAGCCGACCAAGCCCGACACUGAUGCCCCGCCUCCUGCUAUCGGUGAGGGGAUCCUCGAGCGUAUACAGGCGGGAUUCUCGCCUUUAACGGAUAUCCAUCUAUACAACGAACUGAAGACUCUGCUCAAGAUUGUGAUGGAGUCCUACAUAAAGGACUAUCACAUUAUUGUGCCGGAGUCUGCGGAGGCGUUCAUCGUCCCAGACCCAUACGGCCUGCUCGAGGAAGACGAGAUCCACUUCAAGUCCUCUCAGGAUCUCAAGGAUGCAUGCGAGCACCUAAAUCCGAAGUCGGUUGUCGGUGACGUGCUGAUCUACCGCAACCCUGCCCGAGUUCCGUCCGAUGUGCAAAAAGUGCGGGCUGUCUGUCGACCGGAGUACGCCGACUACCUCGACGUGAUUAUCUUGCCGACCAAGGGCAGACGAUCUCUAGCAAGUUUGUUGGCCGGUGGAGAUUAUGAUGGAGAUGUCGCUACCUGCAUCUUCGACCCACAGAUCGUCGGUGACUUCAGGCAGCCUGUAUUCACUGCCGAGCCGCCAAACUUCUUGGAAAAGUACUUCGAGUCUCAGGACAAGAUCCCGACUGUUGCUUCUGUAGUGAGGAUGAUGUCCGACCGCCCCGCAGACGCGUCGCGCAUUCUCCGCCGGCACCUCCUCAUUGGACUUACGGAAUCCAAGACAGGCAAGUACUCCUGGUACAACGAGAAUGCGAUGUACAGGUAUGGGUUUACGACCGUGCUUGAUUCGCGCAAGUCCGGACUGGCCGUCAAGCCCGAGGUGGUGAAGGCUGACAAUGGCCGGUUUGGCUUCGCCAAGCCCGAGUGCCUUGGAGGCACGGGCAAUGGGCCACGGCGCGAUCAUGCCCUUGGCCCGUUCGUCCUCGACAAGCUCCUCCGCGCCGGGUCGUCAAUCCAAAGAGAGCUGCUCGCCAAGUACGAUAGCAUCGGGACGAACCUUAAGCUCAUGGAGGACAAGCCUGACCCGGACAUUGAACGUCCCUGGACCGAGAUUUGCAAUGCCCGGCAGGCGGGGCUCCUCUCGGAGGCACUCUGCACUGAGGUGGGCCGGCUCGAGACGGCCAUGCGCGAGAUCAGCAGGACGUGGGGUGCCAUCUGGGGUCCAUCGUACCGCGGCAGCCAGUACGCGACCAAGGCCCAGAAGAGUGAAGCGAAGAAGAAGGUCCAGGUUCAGGUCGAUGGGCUCGCGCGGCACUACAUGGAGACGCCAGUAGGCUGCGAGGCUCUUGCGAUGCUCGGGAACCUGGACAAGCUGAAGGCAUCCUGCCUGUAUUCAAUCAAACCUAAGGUUGCAUUCAAGGUCUGCUUCCAGGCCGUAUGCAAGAUCAAGGCCGAAUCUCGGGGCUCGAAGGCGUUCACUAGGGAGUUCGCCGACGCCAUGUCCAUACCUGCAGCUGAGGUGCGCGUGCGCUCACAGUUCAAUGCGGCUCGUGAGGAUGUAACAGUAUAGAUGGGCAUAUUUGUGGUGUAUUUGAUCUUAGGAAGUGCUCUUCUCUUUCUCAUUUCUACUCACAUGGUCGUCCGCUUUAGAUCUAUACCGCAACUUUUGCGUUGUUUGUACUAUAGUAGCCUGAGUGUCUGACGAGUGAAUGCCCGGUACAGAAAGGAGUAGCGAUUUAUAUUCCGAAAUACAAAUAUUUUCAUAUUAAAGAGCCCCUUGUC